CAGGCAAGGCCAUUACAAGAAUUUCGACAUUUUUUUUUUACAUACAAAAUGGCAUUACCGCUACUUUACUUUUUAUUUUUGUUUUUAAACUCUGAAAAAUGGCGGACGAUACGCUGAAUGUCCGAACAGAGUAUCUGGAACGAUUAAAAAGCAUUCUUAAUGAUUCCUUCUAUAAGGAUGCAAUGGAGCAUGCUGCCAGCUAUAACACCCGCCUUUGCUUGGAAAGGAAGAUGAGGCUGCCUUUUCUUGAUCAACAAACAGGAGUUGCUCAAAGCGAUUGCGCUCUCUGGAUGCACAAAUGGCAAAGGAUGCCGGGGAAAAUUGACGGACAGCUGUAUUCGUAUCCUGCCAGGAGGUGGAAGAAAAAACGAAGACAGUAUCUGAUGAAUAAUUUUUACCUCACGCGUCGAUUAAAAGAAGUUGAAAAUAAUGAAUCAGAGAACCAUCUGUCCGUUAAUGAAAAUUCCAUGUCUGGGGUACAGGAUAAUUUGGACAGUAAUGAUAAGAUUGCUGAAGAUUCAAAAGAUUCUUGGUACAAGGAUUUUGAGGAAACUCCUGAACAAUUUGAUAUGGGUGUUGAAGUGGAAGAUCCUGAUACUGAUGUUGAGGACUAUGAAGAAACUUAUGUGCGCAAAAAGAAAAAGAAAAUAAGAAGUAGUAGAGGACGGAAAAGAGCUGACCGGUAUGACUACACUGACUUAGAAAAGCCAUAUGUCUGUGAAAUCUGUGGAGCCCGGUAUAAAACUAGGCCUGGUUUGUCCUACCAUUAUAGUCAUGGCCAUAACAAUGACUCUACAGAUAACACAGAGGAGGAAACAAAUUAUACACCACCAAAACCAACUGUGUCAGCUCCCCCUCCUCCAGCUCCCAACCCAGUCGUCAACACUCCUGUUGCUGCACCACCUCCACCUCCGUCUAUGCAGCCAUCCAUGUCUUCGUGGCCAGGGCCAUCCAGCGAAGAUGGGCCAUUAACUCCAAGACCUACCUCAGAAAAAGGAGGAACCCUUCCAAGCACUUAUUGUGACUUUUGUUUGGGUGAUAGCAUAGAAAACAAAAAAACAAGAAUGCCUGAAGAGUUAGUCUCGUGUGCUGACUGUGGACGAUCAGCUCAUCCAACUUGUUUACAAUUCACGCCAAAUAUGACGGCAUCUGUGAAAAAAUACCGAUGGCAGUGCAUAGAAUGCAAAUCCUGCGGAAUAUGUGGUACCUCUGACAAUGAUGAUCAGUUACUUUUUUGCGACGAUUGCGAUCGAGGGUACCACAUGUACUGCCUAACCCCACCUUUAUCCGAGCCUCCCGAGGGUUCAUGGAGCUGCCAUUUGUGUAUUGAGGAAUAUGGACGAAAAUAACUGUGUAUUAUUGGAGUACUGCUUAUUGAAAUACUCUUUUGAAUUGAUUUAAAAUCAUUGGUGGCAGCUUCUUCUUGUAUCAUAUUUUAGUUUAUUCCCAUUUUAGUUAUAUUUUUAGGAUUGACUUUUGGUAACGUACUGAACUACUACAACUGAACCUUGAUUAUUAAACGCACAAAAUUAUUGACAUCAAAUAACAUUAUGGAUUUCUGAGGAAUUUAUUUCUUUGUUGCAUAAAUGUUAAAAUUAAAGUGAUAAAGAAAAACAUUUAAAAGUAACGGAAAUUAUAACUACUAUGUUGAGAAAAAUUUUGUCUUUCAGCUUUUUUUAAUUAAAUACAAUUAUAACAUUUGUUUUUUCUUUUAUAAUAAUUUCCUUUUUAUAUAAAAUUAAGUAAUUGAUAUUACUUUAACAGUUGUAAUUAGUUUAAUUUCAUUUCUAAUAAUGCUAUUAAACUAUUUAAAUUAUUCCCAAAUGUGUUUUUAUUAAUUUAUUUCCUUAAAAAGAACUGUGAAAAAUAAAAGUGUGACCUAUAAAGAUACAACAAUAUGUGUAUAAUCAAGGUUCAAUUCGCAAAGAUCAGCUUUUUUUUCUUUUCUAAUGUUUUCAUUAUUUUGAAAAUAAAUAUAUAUUUAACAACUGUGAAGAAUUUAAAAAAACUAAUGUUCAAAAGAAACAAUGCUACUUAAAACAGUUGGAACCAAAAUUUUAUUUUAGAAUUGUACAUUGUUAUUUUAUGUAAAAAGGGUGUAAAAUGAAUGAGAUAAAUUGGUUUCAUUGCCAAUAAACUGAUGAUGUCAACCUCAAUGAUUAUCUAAAAAAUUCUUCGCAGUUGAAUGAAAUUCAUUCUCUCUAUCAUUAUAUCAACACAGAUUGCUGAUCCUUGUUUUUUUUUUUUUUGUACAUGUUUGUAAUUUAUAUAUUUUUAAUAAAAAUUGCUGUUUGACAUUUUACUUAUUUAUCUAGUUUUUUUUCUUCCUAAUUUUAUAUAAAAGUAGUGAAUUUAGUCACUAUUGAUUGCUUUUUUUCCCCCUAACUAAUACUAUUCCCUAAUAUUUGCAGCAUAUUUUUGAUUUCUUAUAAAAAUUCAUCUUUGAUACCUUUUAAAACUACCCAAUACCUAAUUUCCUAUGUUCCUACAAAAUACUAUUUUGCUCUUAAUUUUUUAGUGUAAUGAGUGUUGUAAUUUUUAAUGGAGGUAUAUUUGGUUUUUAUUUUCCACUCUUUUGUUUAGGAAAUUAAAACUAUUAUGUGUACAAAUAUAGCCAGGGUCUGACUUACCAGAAAAUAAUUUUAAUGUAAUGUUUUCAAGUCUUCUUUUUUUUUUUUUCUUAUACAGGGUAUCUGCACACAUUAAAAAUCAUUGAAAGUCAUGAAUUUUGACCUUGAAAAUUUUCUACUUCCGCAAGCUUUACUAUUUGUGUUUAAAAAAAUGCAGAUCUCAAAAAUAUGUCAAUUUUUGGUUAAUUUUGCUCAUGUUAAUUUUUAAGAACUUCUAAAAACAAAUUAAUUAAUUAAGCAUGGGUGCAGAGCUAAUCUAAAUAGUUUGCAUGGACAGUAGAUUUUAAAUGUUUAACAUUGCAGUAUGGUAUAUAAACAAGUCAAGCCCUGCUAUUAAAUUAAUGAGCUGAUUCAUUCAUUGAUGUUAUGCCAUGCGCAAUGAGUUAAUGGUGUUAGUUUGUUAGAAGUAAUAUUGGAAUGAAUCAUUCUUUGACAAUUCAUAAAAAAUUACUAUGUUUGUUAGAAGUAAUAUUGGAAUGAAUCAUUCUUUGACAAUUCAUAAAAAAUUACUAUUUUAAAUUUAAUAUGUAUAAUAAUAUUUUUUUUUAUUAAUUAAUGUAUUUUUAGAAACCCUAAUUUUUGUGAAAAUAUUAGGUGUUUUUAAAUAGCUUUAAAAAUAAAUAUAUAAAGGAAGGGAGAAAGAUAGAAAAGAAAUCGAAAAAAAAAUUAGCUAAGUGCAUUGAGUCAUGGUUAUUCAGCUAUAUUUGCAUUUGUUAGAAGACAAUUUUAUGUUUGCUCUUAAUAAGUUAACCCUUUGCAGUACACAAAAAAUGUGAACCUAAGUUUUAGCCGAAAACAGUCAUAAUUGUUGAAAUGAUAUGUGCAUCUUGCUUUAUAUUUUUUGUAGUUUAAAGUAUUUAAUUAAAAUUUGCAUAAUUUAAAAAUUAAAAGAAUUGCAAUUUUAAUGGUUUGUAAUUUUUUUAAAAAAUAAGGUGAACACUCUUUUAUCCCACCUCCCCUGAAAGGGUUAAAAUUUGAAAUGUAGAUUAUUUUGAAAUAUUCAAAGGGAUGUUUAUAUAUAUAUUAAAUAUAUAAAAAUAUAUAUUGACCGAUGAAGUGAUUUUAGAAUUCCUAAAUGCAAAUCAGACCCUGAUUGUAGGUUAUGGUUUAGAAUUGUACUUAAAUGUGUCAUAAGUUUUUUAAAAUUUUUAUCAUAACUUGUAAUUUUUGCAGCAAGCCUUGUGAUACAUUUUAUUGAAAUUGUUCUACACAUACAUGUUCAUAAACCAUUAAGACUGUUUAAUUUAUUGUGACAUUUUACAUGCUGCCACUCAAUGAAAAUUUUCUACUUGAGGAGUGCCAACUACUAUAAAAAGUUUGCUUUUCUGUAACAUAACAGUUACAGAAGUUUGUUGAUUUUCAAAAACUUUCAAUUAAACUGCAAAGAGUUUUUUCUUAA